AAAUGGAAUAUUAUUAAAGAAGAAGAAGAAAAUGAGCAAUUUGGGUUUGCCUUGUUUUACACAACAACUAAACAAAGAAGAGGGAUUUAACAGCCCACAGACUCACAAUUCAUCAUCUUUAGAAGUUUCAAAAACUUGGCCAUCAAACUUUUCCUGCAAGUCACUGUGCAAAACCUCCAUAGAAGCCAUGGGUGUAAAACCCAAGGAAAACCCACCAUCCCCAACCUUGAUAGAAACAGUGGAAGAAAUCAUGAAAAUCUACAAGUCACUGCCACCAAGGCCCUCCAUUGAAGAGGUUGAAGCAGCCAUGUCUGUGCUCAAAACAGUUGAAACUGAACAAGAACAGAAACUUGAGGAGAUAUCAAAGCAGGUGAUUCCCCAAGAUGUCCCUGAAGAACUCUUCUCUGUUUUGCAGCAAGUGAGAAGGACCAUGGUCCUGUUUCAGAGUCAUGAACAGAGGAAAGAGGCUUCUGAUGUGGUUGAAGUUGACAAGAUGUUUCAGACUUUUGAUGGCCUUAUUCAGAGGACUUCUGGGCUGGUUUCUGGUGACACCCAGAAGGAGAAUCAUGUUGCUUUCGGGUACCCAGUUGGGGAAAUUGUGAGAGAGCCUGUGAUUAGUGAUGAGAGUUUUGUGAUGAACAAGAAGAAGGAAGAUGAAGAGUUGAAGAGAGAUGGUUUCAAGGGUUUAAUCAAGAGUUCUUCUACAGUUUCUGCAGGAGAGUCUGAGAAAUUAAGUCUAAUGAAGGUGGCAGCUAUAAUAGAAAACACUGCUAAAACUGGAGAAGUAGUUCUUGAUCUUAGAGGAAAAUUAGUGGAUCAAGUGGAGUGGCUUCCAAUAUCAAUAGGGAAAUUAUCAGAUGUCACUGAAUUGGAUUUGUCCGAAAACCGAAUCAUGGCUAUUCCUCCUACCAUCGGUGGCCUUAAAGCCUUAACAAAGCUUGACAUCCACUCUAACCAACUCAUAAACCUUCCGGACUCAUUUGGUGAGUUGAGUAAUCUCACUGAUCUUGAUCUCCAUGCAAACAGAUUGAAAUCACUUCCUGCUUCAUUUGGAAACUUGAUCAACCUUAUGAAUCUUGAUUUGAGUUCAAAUAGCUUCACCCAUUUGCCGGAGGUUAUUGGGAAGCUGAUCAGCUUGAAGACAUUGAAUGCUGAGACAAAUGAUCUCGAGGAACUGCCUUUCACAAUCGGAUCCUGCACAUCUCUUGCUGAGCUGCAUUUGAAUUUCAAUCAGCUAAGAGCUCUUCCUGAGGCAAUUGGAAAGCUUGAAAACUUGGAGAUCCUCACAGUUCACUACAACAGAAUCAAAGGGUUGCCAACAACAAUGGGGAAUCUUAGUUGUUUGAAGGAGCUUGAUGUUAGCUUCAAUGAACUUGAAACAAUACCUGAGAACUUGUGUUUUGCAGUAAGCCUCCAAAAACUGAAUGUGGCAAACAACUUUGCUGACUUGACAGCUUUGCCGCGGUCAAUUGGAAAUCUUGAGAUGCUUGAAGAGUUGGAUAUCAGUGAUGAUCAGAUUAGGAACUUACCAUUAUCUUUCAGGUUCUUGUCAAAACUGAAAGUUUUUCGUGCCGAUCAAACACCUUUGGAAGUUCCCCCAAGACAUGUGAUACAGUUGGGUCCUCAGGCAGUUGUAAAGUACAUGGAAGAAUAUGUUGCCAAGAGGGAUGCUGCAUUUCAACCAUUGAAGAAGAAGAAGAAGGGUUUUUGGUUCUGGAUUUGUUCAAAACUCUGCUCCAGCAAGAACUAGUAUACUUGAAUCUUUUGAAAGCUUUCUUACAUUCUGUUUAUUUCAACAAAUCAUGCUAUGAAAAAUGGUAUAUUGUCCAUAUUCACUCAGAAACUUUCUUUUGUACAGAUACUUUGCAACUUGGUACUGUUCUUUUGUGUGAUUCAAGUGAGUUGAGAGAUAUGUAAGG